AUGAAGCCCCAAGAGAAGAGACUUCUACAAUACGAGCUCUGCUGCUGGGAGAACAAGAUCAAAGCAAAAGGUCAGGCGGUGGACAAUUCCCUUGUUGUGUCCUGGGCAUCAGACACCCUCCGAGCCGUCUUCAAAUACCUUAUUGCCAUGUUGUCUCAGCCAUCAAUCUUGCAAAGACAGACACCUGGAGAUUUUAGGUCGCAGUCUCGGCUGUCAUGA